AUGCGCGAAGGAAGGAAACAGCUUUAUACCAUACAACAACAGUAUGCAGAGCGCAACAUAGACACCAGAAUAAAAGAAGACAAAUUAGUUUUCACCCAGAGUAACUCGGUAUAUAGAGACAAACUUGGACCUAGACCCAUCGACGACGAAAUAAUUACAAGGGAAGAGGUAAAGAAGUGUUCAGUACAGGCAACUCCAAUAACGAUAUCGGGAACCGCUUCACCGGUCACGCCACCGCCGCCGUAUCGUUUAAGCAGGUCAAACGAUUAUUGGUCGAAGACUGGAAUGAGUACUAAGUGCUACCCCUACGUGUUCGCCAACAGAUUGGAAGGACCAUAUGGCGCGAUUAACGAAGGUUCGAACGAUGAUGGGGACCACGGAGCAAGUUGA